AUGGUUGCUUCAAACGCGAUCUUUAUGUUCAAUUUUGAGGUCAAUAAAGCGUUCAGCAUAUUCGGAACCACACUGGUUAUUGGUUCAUUGAUCGGGAACGUGGAUGGAGACCGUUACAAUACUCUUAGUUUCGUCGAUAUUGUGGCCCUUAAUAAACUACUACGAAAUCGACACAAAGGUUUAGCCCUAGCAAACAAAUUCGCGGCCUUCAAAGACUUCUUCAUACCGCAUCCAGAUACACUUCAUGCUGUUCACGUGCAUCCAGUCUUUCGGGAGAAAUGGAUUGAGACUGGUUACCGGCCACCUUACAGACAUUUGUCUUACUACCUCAAGAGUAUCUUAACCUUCCAUAACGAAACCUUCAACAUAUGGAGCCAUCUUAUCGGAGCUCUGGUCAUGGGGUACUACACUCUUAUCUACUCCGAGUCCUACACGAGGUACAACCAACCAGUAAUCCUCGCAUUCGGAAUAUGCUGUGUUUGCGGUCAGCUCAUGAGUGUAUUCGCCCACUGGUUCUGUUCAAUAUCGCCAAACUGCUACCGACGAAUAUUUCUUUUCGACUAUGCUGGUAUUGGCCUAUUUUCCUUUGCAAAUCACUUGGUUCUUACCUGCUGUAGUUAUGACGCACGGUACGUAAGGUUCUUGGGGCCGUACGCUAUUCCAUUGGCAAUAUUUAUCGGAGCUUCAGUAGCGUGUUCACUAUGCAUUAGCAGGAUAUUCUAUCGGUCCAUCGCAGUUAAAAACAUCCUCAACUUCAUUCCAAAUACUCUGUCAGCUGCAUUAGGAUUUAUUCCUGUAAUAAUGCGAAUACACCACGAGCUCACUACACGAGAAGCGCGUGACAGUACACAUCAUGACCACCAAAACAACAUCUGCAAUCUUCUUGCUAUUCAUUGCUGCCUUUUUGCUGUCAUGGGUUUCUUUUUCAUGUCUCACAUCCCGGAAAGACUCACGAGACUCUACGGAAGGUUUGACGUCAUCGGACACAGCCAUCAGUUGUUCCAUAUCUCCGUUACGCUGUGCUUCCUGACGUCAAUGAAAGCAGCCUUCAUGGACAUCAAAUUCGGCUACAGAACACAAGAAGAAUUAUACAUACUUGAAAAAUUUUGUUCCAUCUGGUCGGCUGUAGUCAUUGCAUUCAUCAUCAAUAUCUGCGUUAUGUGUGCGUGCGUGCGACACGUGAAUGUCCAGAAAUAUGAAGGGGAAUCGCUGACCGAGUCACGUCUCGUACGGGACGGGCUUGAAACUCAAUCUAAGACGGAGUAA